AUGAACACAAACAUGCUCAUGUUGUCAUUUGCUGCUUGGAACUACUACAUGGUGGACAAGGACGCGUGCGCCUGUCCUCAAGAAGGCAGUUGCAAGAGAGUGUUUCUUGUGCUGAACUGCCUUUCGGAAUCGUGUGAAAGUUAUUUUGUUGCGAAAGUACUUUCUCGGGCUGAUGCUCACGUCUUGUGCCUGUAUCUGCUCACUGAAGUGCUGGCCAUGGAUCAAGUCUUGUUGCAAUUAUUUGUUGAUGAGCCGAUAAUCGACUCCCGCAGCAAAGGAAGAGAUGGUUCAGGUUGGGAGCAGAGUCCGUCUGCAUGCGGUAGAGCUUCACGUAUCUUGUUUGAUGCCUUUCGCUUGUUGAUCAUCCUUCCCGACAAUCUGCCUGCCCUUGUUGACAGGUCUCUCAAGAAUCAGCUGGACGAAUUCCUCCCUGUCGGGGCGUUUGAUAUUCGAUCCUUCACGGUGACAAUGGCAGAAGAGAAACAUGCCGACUAUGAAGCUGGACCUGAGGUGAAAGGAGGGAAUUUCAAGCUCGUGUCUUCAGUAGCCACUCAUAUCGACAUGGCUUCAAUCCAAACGAAGCAAGUUGUGAGCAUCGAAGGAUUGACUUGGGAAUAUCUGAUCAAAGAUAGUCCCCUUUGGAAGGGAUGGAGCCAAAUGCUGAGCAACACUGAAGGAACCGUGUCCAGUUCAUUGUCGUCUUCGAAUUCGGUUGCCUUCUCCUUGAACUUCAAUUGUGCAUCUCUGAUUUUGAAUGUCUCAAAGACAAGUGAUGGUUGGCCGCACAUGUAUGUUAAGGUCAAGAAUGUCGUCGAUGCUCCUUCACUGCAGGCCCUAGGGAGGGUUGUAAAUGAGAACGUGCAAGAUGUGAUGCGUUGUAUCUUGAUGAAACGGCAGAACGAGAGGAGCGAACAGAUCAGCCAGAAAGUCGAAGCGCACCUGUCGAAUCACUACAGCAAACUACUCUUGGUUGACUUCAAACACAACAGAAAACUUGAGGAAAUAUUGAGCUCAAGCAUCAUCCUAUUGCGAUAUGCAUUAACGAAUGGCCAGAAUAUCACGAGAUAUCAGACGGAAAUCCUACGACGGGGAGGCUCUGCCAUUGUCAUUCCAUGCGACACGGAUCAUUAUGUUUCCAUCAAUCUUGACUUGGUCCGCAAAGAUUUCUCGUUCUCACAUUUAUUUCAAUCUGCAACGGGCAAGUGUGUUUGGAAAGGAGCUGUGAUCGAUUUUUCUAAUGCGAGCCAUCAUGUCGAUGAACGUUGGAAUGUCAACGGCGAGGAGCUGCAAGCGAGGAUGAGCUGUUUGGAUGUUUUGCUCCCUCUUCAGGCCUGCCCUCGAGAGAUCAGGAGGGGCAGAACGCUCCUUGUGGAUAUCAACAUUCUUAGCUUCUACUGGAAUAUAGGACAUGAUGGAGCAGAAGAGUUCCUCUUCGAAAUGAUGAUCGACCAGCAUGCGAGCUUGACGCCCCCCCUUUCAUGUCCAGCGCGAGGCCAUGGGCCAAGAAGUAUGAUGGACAAGAAUGAUGCCCGAGUUGUCCUUAGCCAUCAUGGCAUGUUAGAAGACGAAGAUACGUCGGAACUGUUGAUUCGCGCAGUCAUUCACAAGCCCCAAGAUCCAGAAGCAUGUCUCACUGCCAGCGGCAGAGUCGCACUCGCUCUGUCAUGCUGUCGCUACGGCAUUUGCCGGGUGGAGCUCAAGAAUGGAGAGCAGCAAGCAGGAUUUAUCAUCUUCACGUUUACUCUCAGCGAGGUUGACGGUGUAGAAGACAAGAAGGUUAUGGAUAGUGUGGGGAAGAGGAGACCACACGCCUCUUCUACCUCCCACUCGCACGCUCCACAUGCUGGGACAGGCGAGCAUCGCAGCCCGGCAGCCCCACCGAGAGGAGAGAGCGCGCAGGAGUCGCAUCUGUCGCCACCUGAUACGCCGGCAGGCACACUCAUGCAGCAUUGCAUUCAAAGUCUCUCGCCUAUUGAGAUGGAGGGUUGUGACGUCUCCACCUGCGACAGGAUCGUCAACUUCAAAAGUCUCUCUCUCCUUAUCCUCCGCACCUACAGCUGUCCUCACGACGGCCACACAGUCUACGUCUUCCAGUGUCGGCAUGAGGACGUUACUUGGGAGAUCCGCAGGAGGUACAAGGACUUCCACAUGCUCCACCAGCGUCUCCAGCGCUUUCUCGACGUCUCCUCCCUCCGCUUGCCGUCCAAGCAACUUUUCGGCAGCCAUAGCGACCGCGUAAUCUCGCACCGGCGGCAGGCCCUCCUCAAGUAUCUCGAGGAUCUCCUUGCGAGGCUCGACCAGGAAGACAUCUCUUCGCCUGUCAACACCUCCGCUGCCUCCACCUCCUCCGUCAUGUCCCCAGCAGAAGCCAUCGUCAGCUUCCUCGAGAUUCCCGAGCACCUGGGAGACCUCAGAGCCGCGAGAUGAUCUCGCAGUGGUAGAAGAUCAGCGCGUAGACCGGCUGGUAGAAUAGCUAGUUGAAUAGGUGGUACACUAGAUUAGUCUGAUGUUGAGACUCCAUCAUUGAAAAGGUUCUGUUG